UUUGGAAGCAUAAUCAUGACCACAGUAUCAACACGAACCACCAAAAAGCCAAGUGUUUCUACUAAGCAUAUGUUAAAAAUAUUUGAUAAAGUGUUUUUAAAUUCCAGGUGUAAACUCCCAAGAAUUGAUAACGACACAUACGAAGUUCAAGGAAAAUGGCACGAAAUUCUGAUCAACAGGUCGAUUCCAUAUGUCAAGGACGAUGACGAUGUGUAUGAAUAUUCCGAUUGUGACAUGUUCGCGACCAAUCCAAACACUUCUUACAAUGACCUGAACACGCCUGUAAACACAAGUGAGAAAGAAUGCGACAAAUGGGUUUACGACAAGUCUACUUUCAAAAAUACGUUCAUAACACAGGCAAACCUAAUAUGUGGUCAAGAGAUCGCACGUGCAAAUGCCAAUAUGAUACUGAUGGGCGGAGUUCUAAUUGGCGCCAUAGCCAUGGGGGUAUUUUCAGACGUAUUUGGACGAAAAAAGGCAUUGAUAGUGUCCCUGUUUCUUCAUAUUGGAGGUGCCUUCGGUUCUGCCUUUGCUCCAAACUACGCCUUGUUUGUAACAUUCCGGUUUCUGGUCGGCUUUUCAAACAUGGGCAUGUUCAUGUCAGCGUUUGUUAUAGGAAUGGAACUUGUUGGCCCUUCACAGCGGGUUGCUGCGGGUAUCAUUAUAGAGUUUUUCUGGUGUAUUGGGCUCUUUGUGUUGUGUUUCAUAGCUUAUUUUGUACGUUCAUGGAACAUGCUACAACUUGCUCUAGCCUGUCCUACCGUGCUGCUCUUGGUAUAUCUUUGGAUUGUACCAGAGUCUCCACGCUGGCUUAUAUCAAAAGGUCGCUAUGAAGAUGCGAAUAAAAUUAUCCAGAAGUGUGCCAAAGUGAACGGUGUGACAAUACCAGAACAUGUUGUGGGUAAAGACUCGGACGAUAACACAGAAAAACAAAGUGUUCUUAAAAUGCUUACUGUACCGAAGUUGCUGAUACGAACUCUCAUCAUAUAUCUUAACUGGUGUGUAGUCAGUAUGGUCUAUUAUGGCCUAGGCCUGAACGUAGGCAACUUGAACGGGGACAUCUACGUGAACUUUGCAAUCAACAGCAGUAUGGAGCUAGGUGCUUACCUCCUCUGUCUUCUCACGCUCAACAAAGUAGGUCGGAAAGUUCUUCAUGCUGGCACAAUGAUCCUAGGAGGUGUUGCCUGUCUUUGUACCAUUUUUACAGUGUUGUAUGCUGAUAAAUCUCUUUACUGGAUCACCGUGGUGCUGUCAAACGUUGGAAAGUUCGGAGUGUCAGCCGCAUUUGCCGUUAUCUAUGUAUGGUCCGCGGAACUGUUCCCAACCAAAGUUCGAAACUCAGGGAUGGGGUCAAGCUCAAUGAUGGCUAGGGUUGGGAGUAUGAUUUCGCCAUACAUCGCUGAUUUGGGCACUUACGUGGAGGGUUCCUUUGGCAAGGCAUUACCAUUAAUUGUAUUUGGUGGGCUGUCAGUGCUAGCAGGUCUUCUGUCCUUGUUCCUUCCAGAGACAUCCGGUAAAGUCCUACCUGAAACUAUAGAGGACGCCGUCAACUUCGGAAAUGAAGACUCGGGCAGUAAGAAAUCUCCCAGUAACAAGUAUUACAUCAAUAAUGCUUACAGCAAAGAGAUUGACAAUCCUGGAGAAUUCAAAGCCAUACGAUAGACCGUUCAGCAAUAUAACAUUUAAUUACUGACAUAUGCUAUUCAGUGUCAGUAAAGUUCAAAGAGGAGACACUACUUCAGUGCUCCGAAAAAGAUAAAACAUAUGUGUUUAUAGAACAAUUAGUUAAUACGCGACUGAGCUCAUGGGCAAAACUCAAGGACAGGUAACUGACAGGUAUUUCAGAAUUCAACUGCACGAAAUUAAACAUUGCUUUCAAAAAUCAAGUGAGCUGUGGAUAUUAAGAAAAAUGAUCCAAAUAAACUCAUUCGACCAGUUUGCAGUGGUACACUUAUAUGUCUGAGACAUUUUGUAUAGUGUGUGUGAAAAUUGGUCCAGUGUUAAGAAACCUUCAAUCGACACCGGUUAUCUCGGCACUAUUCAGUACAGCGUAUUCCGUACUGUAUAACAGCCUUGCUUUUUAGAUUCUUCUAUUAGUAAGUUUAUCAUUCGACUCAUAUAAAUCAAUACAAAAUGAAACAAUUCCUCAUCGAAAAACUGUUUUAAUGAAAAUAUAAAUCAUAUUCCGGACCUUUAUAGUGCCUUCAAUGAAUAUUUGAAUGCAUUUAUCAUACCUCUUGCGUAUUUCUUGACUCUCUUACAAAAACCUGCUAUUUUUAUACGAUUUUAUAUAUUUUCCAGACAUAUUAAAUAAUUUUUAUAUCAA